GCGAUUGGGAAGAUAGGGCAAAACAAUGGCGGGGGCAAUCGGAGGAGGGACUGCGUCGUGUGUUUUCUGUAAAAUUGCGACGAAAUCCUCCCCCACUACCCUUCUUCAUUCCGAUGAUAAGGUUGUUGCUUUUCAGGACAUUAAUCCAUCUGCUUUCAGGCAUUACUUAGUAAUUCCUGCCGCGCACAUUCCUACUGUUAAAGAUCUUCAGAGAAGAUCUGAUGACUAUUCUUUGGUGUCUACUAUACUUUAUGCAGUGAAUCACAUGUUAGAAGUGGGGAGAAUGUUAUUACUUCGAGAUGCACCACAGUCCAAGUACAGAUUUGGCUUUCAUCAACCUCCAUUGAACUCUGUCAACCACCUACACCUCCAUUGUUUGGCACUACCAUAUACACCCAGAUGGAGAUGCAUAAAAUACUUGUCUUUUGGACCAGUUGGCUUCAUUGAAGCAGAGAAAUUUCUGGAAAAGAUAAAGCCUUUGCCCACAGUUCACUCAAAAGUAUAAGUUAACUUGAAGAUACUGUUUAAAAAUGCUAGAUAGACUGGAUCUCUUUCAAACUACCUAUGUUCAAUUUUUUCAGACGAGCAAAGUUUGCAGUUACAGUUAUUCUUUUUGAUCUGUAGAUCAUGAUGUAUAUUCAGCAUG